AUGAUGCCUUCCAUGGGCCUCUCCAGCCUGUCCUGGAUGCUGCUCUCCUGCCUGAUGCUCCUGUCUCAAGUCCAAGGGGAAGAUUCCCAGGAGAAACUGUCCUCUGCACGGCUCAGCUGUCCGAGAGGCUCCAUGGCCUAUGCAUCCAACUGCUAUGCCUUGUUUAUAACACCUAAAACCUGGAUGGGCGCAAACAUGGCCUGCCAGAAGAGACCCUCAGGACACCUUGUGUCUGUGCUCAGUGGGAGUGAGGGAUCCUUCGUGGCCUCCCUGGUCAAGAACAGCUUGAACACCCCCUCAGCCGUCUGGAUUGGGCUCCAUGACUCCUCAGAGGGCUCUGAGGGUGAAUGGGAGUGGAGUAACAGUGAUGUGCUCAGUUACGUUGCCUGGGAGAAUGAUGCCCCCGCCAGACCAUCCCCUGGCUAUUGUGGGAGCCUGUCCAGAAGCUCAGGGUAUAUGAAGUGGAGAGAUUAUAAGUGUUGUGUGAAGUUACCCUAUGUCUGCAAGUUCAAGGACUAA